AUGCCAAAGGGUGGACCCUCCCCUGCCAAAUCUGCACCACCACCACAACAGCAGCCACAACCACCAAAGCAGGAGUCUGGCUUGUUUGGCUUUGGCUUUGGUGGUCUGACUGACACUGCUAGAUCCAGGUCCCCCUCACCACAGCCUGCUGGGAAGGUCAUGGGCUUUGGGUCUUCCCUCUUCAGCUCAGCAUCGAAUUUGAUCUCCUCUGCAGUUCAGGAUGAGCCAUCUUCAACACCACCCACAGCCCGCAAGGAGUCUGUGUCAUCCCAGGGUCCUGCAAAGGCUCCACCACCCACAGCCCGUAAGGAGUCUGUGUCAUCCCAGGGUCCUGCAAAGGCUCCACCACCCACAGCCCGUAAGGAGUCUGUGUCAUCCCAGGGUCCUGCAAAGGCUCCACCAUCCACAGCCCGUAAGGAGUCUGUGUCAUCCCAGGGUCCUGCAAAGGCUCCACCAGCUGUGGAGACUAAAGCGCCUGCGCAGAAACCAGAAGCAAAGAAAGCUGAGCCUCCACAGCAGCCCAAGGCCACAACAGCUCCAGGCAAAACGGAUAUACCCCCAUCAGGACCUCAGAAGAAGGACGGCCCUCACUCGCAGCCUCCCUCCAAAGCAGCUCCAUCGUCCUGUCCUCUGUGCAAGGUGCAGCUCAAUAAGGGCUCCAAGGAUCCUCCCAACUACAACACCUGCACUGAAUGCAAAAGCACUGUGUGCAACCAGUGCGGAUUCAAUCCCAUGCCACAUGUGAAAGAGUCCAAGAUGAACCAUCCUCUGUGCAAAAAGGAGCCAUUCCACCAACAUCUCAGCAAAAAGGAGCAAGUCAAACACCACCUGGGCAAAAGGCAGUUGCUCCACCACCAUCUGAACAAAAGGGAGCUGUUCCACCACCAUCCCAGCAAAAAGGAGCUGUAUUACCACCAUCCCAGCAAAAGGGAACUGCUCCACCACCAUCAGAAAAAAAGGGAACUAUUCCACCACCAUCAGAACAACAGGGAACUGUUCCACCACUACCUGGGCAAAAGGGAACUGCCCCACCACCAUCAGAGCAAAGGGGAGCUGUUCCAACACUACCUGGCCAAAAGGGAACUGUUCCCCCACCAUCAGAGCAAAAGGGAGCUGCUCCACCACUACCUGGGCAAAAGGGAACUGUUCCACCACCAUCAGAACAAAAGGGAGCUGUUCCACCACUACCUGUGCAAAAGGGAGCUGUUCCACCACCAUCAGAACAAAAGGGAACUGUUCCACCACUACCUGGGCAAAAGGGAACUGUUCCACCACCAUCAGAACAAAAGGGAACUGUUCCACCACCAUCAGAACAAAAGGGAGCUGUUCCACCACUACCUGGGCAAAAGGGAACUGUUCCACCACCAUCAGAACAAAAGGGAACUGUUCCACCACCAUCAGAACAAAAGGGAGCUGUUCCGCCACUACCUGGGCAAAAGGGAACUGUUCCACCACCAUCAGAACAAAAGGGAACUGUUCCACCACCAUUAG